AUGAUCCAUGGGCAGACUUGUUGGAGACCGGAAAGCAACCCUUUAGACCUCAACAACUUGCCUGAGGAUUCCGCUAGAGAUGGUAAACAGGUCUUCGACGACAGCGCUUCUUCUUCGGGGUGUAGGAAAAAGAAAAGCGGGGAAAAAGAGGAGUGCGGGAAGGUGUAUGAGUGCAGGUUUUGCUCCCUCAAGUUCUGCAAAUCUCAAGCUCUUGGGGGACACAUGAACCGCCACCGCCAGGAGAGGGAGACAGAGAGACUGAACUGUGCUCGUCAGCUGGUUUUCAGUAACGAUAACCUGGCCGCUCAAGGCACAAUGGGAUGCUUCCAUCAAGCAGGUCACAUGGGAGACCAAACGCUGCCGUUUAGAUCAGUCUACCCAACAAGAAUGUUCUCAGCUGGUUCUUCUUCCUCCAUCUUACCCCCACCGCCGCAGGCGCCGCCUCAACCGCCUUAUCUGUACUCAUCGCCUGCUCCCCUCGUCUCGUAUCCGUCACAGUAUCCGGCUCCCUCCCACGACUACUACAUCGGUCACGUGCUCGCCGGCCACCCGAACCAGAGCUACGGUGCAGGAGGAGUGCAAGACUCUAAUUACACUUGCAUUGGUGCUCCAGUUGGACACAGUUUUCCGGGCAGGACCGGAGGCCUCCGGGACUCGGAAGCUGGCGUUAGAGACCGGUCACUGCCACAGGAGGAAGGGCUGAGUUGGGAUCGGACCUAUACGACACAUCAACUUAUGGAUCCUUCGUCGAUCAAUCGGUUUCAAGAUGGGAUCUAG